AUGAAUUCUGUUGAAGAUCCACAUAAAUCAACAGAUGAAGGCCUCGAUGCCAGGAUGUUGGGACGGACUGAAGUUUCAUCGAGUUCUGCACAACCAAUGGAGAUCAUGGGAACCCACAUGGAUUCCGUCGAUGCUUCGAAACGACCUGCUGACUCUACAGAACCAAAUGAGAUCGCCAGCAGAAAACAUAUGGAUUCUGUCGAUGUUAUGAGACUACCCAUGGACGUAUGCCCUGAGGCGAUGUUGGAACACACUGAAAAUUUGUCGGAUGUUACACCACUAAAGGACGAAAAGAGGCGGAAGACCAAUUUACAACAUAACAAACCCAAGAAAGCAAACAAAAUGGUUAUCCCACAAGAUUAUGUCUGCACUUCCGAAGAUAUAGAUGUUGUCAAGUUAAUCAUGUCUGCACCAAAAAAUACCAAGUUUGUGGACAUCGGUGAUGCGUUGUUAUCAAACAAUGACUUAGGAUGCCUUACGCAAGAUGGCAUGUUCUUGCACGAUGGUGUCAUAAAUGCUUACAUAUAUUGUAUAAGUGACCGUGGUCAUCUCCGGGAUAGAGCCGGUGGAAGGGUGCACCUAGAAAGCACGUUCGUAUCCAGCCGGCUAAAGAGACAUGGAGAAUGUGAGAUAGACCCAUCAGAUCAUCGCCGCAUUGUGGAACGGAUGGAUAAGUAUUUGAAGAAUGACAUGGUCUUCCUUCCGAUCAACGUUACUGCCUCUCAUUGGUAUGUAAUAGUUGUCAACGCGAAAAAACGUGUGAUUCAAGUGCUAGACUCACUUGGUGCUGUUGUAAAACGGAAUGACGUCACUCUUACAUUGAGAGGACUUGAGAAGCAUCUGAAGAUCGCAUCCCAAAAAAAGGACUUUAACAUAGGUGAAAAGUGGCGUGAUCUCAAUGUUACAAAAUGGCCAGUUAUAGAACAGUUUCCAGAGCCUAUGCAGACUGAUGGUGCAUCAUGUGGGUUGUUCAUGAUAAAUUUUAUGGAAUAUUGGACGGGCGAUAUGCUGACUGACCAUGUCAUACAGGAAGAUAUGAAUGAAUUCCGACCAAAAUUAGCCGCCAUAUUGUAUGAUUCAGAACUGAAUAAGAUAAAAGGUAGCCCGAUAUACGCACAAUCUGACAAAGAAGAAAAUGGAUCUGAUUCUGAUAUUGUGGUGCUGCCGAAUCCAAAGCGACCAUACUCAUCCGAUGUAGCCGAAGAUGAUAGAGUCAAAGAAAAGCGUCCUAUUCUGGUUCACAUGAUGCCCACGGAUCCACGCAUGUUAGUUCACGAGCUUUGCAAAUACAUCAUGUCAAUUCAAGACGCCAAACUUUUGGAGCAGGAAUGGGUUCGGAGUUCCAAACCUUAUCCUAUAGGCUUGAAUCUUAAGAAAAUCCAGGAAAUACUCAGAGUGGACAGGCCCAUGGACAAUGAUUGUUUCAACUUGGGAGUACGCAUAGUGGCAUGCGAUGAGAUCCUGCAGAUGGUAGAAACUGAUGUGCACUACAUGGAUCUACGUUUUUGUACGGCGAUGGUCGAUUCCACCCGAGGUCACAAGUGGCGAGUAAAGCCAAAUAUUCAAUCACUGGCAACAUUGUUUGAUAGUUGGCCUGGGACACCCUACAAAAUCUCUUCACGCAAAUUGGUUUUGCUUCCUUAUGCAUCCAGGGGACACUUUAACUUGUUCUCCAUUGAUAAGCAAGCAUCUUCUGUAUCUAUUUUGGAUCCUCUUUCGGUGUUUCCAUCUCUAGAGAGUAAAAUGGUUCGAUCUCACAACUUGCAAUUGAAGUUACAAAGAAUUGCAAUCUACCUAAGCGACGCACUCUCAUUAGCACAACCUGGUUGGGAUGCCGAUAUAUUUUCCUGGCCACGUACAUCACCAGUUGGUAUUCCAGAAAAUCCAGACAGUAAUGCGUCGGGUUAUUUCGUGUUUUACAUUAUGCUCUCAUGGAAUGGUAAAGAAUUGGUUCAUCCAAUAUGCACGGAUGGUUACGAGUUGCGGAAGAACUUUUUGAUACAUGUUCUCAAGUGUCAUGAAAAUGAAGCAGAAGAAAAUAUCCCUGCCAUUGUACACCAAUAUUUGAGAAGCAUCAAGGAGUAGAUAUUAGU